GACAGGUCCAUCGAGUCGCUCUUUCUCGAAGUAAAAAGGAAAAAGUUCCCCAUAAAGAAAGGUAAGCAGUGAGCAGCUUCAGAACAAGUUCGUCGUGGGCGAAUUCUCAAUCGGCGCCUUCUUCUCGAACCCUACCUUUCUCUUUGAAUUUUGAUCUUCUCUCAUUUACAUCAUCAGUUCUAAGAGAUCAAAAGCUGCGAUGCUGGGCGUUUUAAGGCGCAAAGUCGUUUCUAGCGCCUCUUCUACUUCGUGUGUAAGGAAAUCUCUGCAUACGGUUCGACCUGCAGUAACUACAUCUAGAAUUCCAUCUGCCUCAGCAGGAGAGACAUCACUUCUUACUAGACAAUUUGGUCAUGCGCGGAAUUUCAGUCAGCUUGUGCUACCUGGGUGCUCAUCGAAUUUGAGGCCAGAAAGGGGAGCUGUUAUCAAUCUUUGGUCAAGUCCAACACUACCGAAUUGGAGCAGGCCAUUCUGUGCAAAUAAUGGUGACCAGGUUGAUGCUGUUGUUCCUUUUAUGGGUGAAUCCAUAAGUGAUGGGACACUGGCCAAGUUCCUGAAGAAUCCUGGUGAUAGAGUAGAAGUGGAUGAGCCAAUUGCUCAGAUUGAAACGGAUAAGGUAACCAUCGAUGUCACCAGUCCUGAAGCUGGUGUAAUCCAAAAGUUUGUAGCCAAGGAAGGGGACACUGUUGAACCAGGCUAUAAAGUUGCUAUCAUUUCAAAAUCUGGUGAGGGUGUGGAACAUGUUCCUGCAUCUGAGAAGCCAUCUGAAAAAGCAGCUCCUCAGCCAUCCCCUCCAGCUGAAGAUAAGAAAGAGGAGAAGGCAAAACCUCAAGUUGAGACUACUCCUGUUAAGGAAAAGCCGAAGGAGAGUUCACCUCCACCCCCUAAACGCUCUCCUACAGAACUCCAACUUCCCCCCAGAGAACGGGAAAGACGAGUUCCCAUGACUAGGCUCAGAAAAAGAGUUGCCACGCGUUUGAAAGAUUCUCAGAACACAUUUGCAAUGCUGACGACGUUCAAUGAAGUUGAUAUGACAAAUUUAAUGAAGCUCCGCACGGAUUACAAAGAUGCCUUUGUUGAAAAGCAUGGAGUGAAGUUAGGAUUCAUGUCUGGAUUUGUGAAAGCAGCAGUUAGCGCACUCCAGAGUCAGCCAAUAGUUAAUGCAGUUAUUGAUGGCGAUGACAUCAUAUAUAGGGAUUAUAUAGACAUCAGUAUUGCUGUUGGUACCCCAAAGGGUCUUGUUGUACCAGUUCUCCGCAAUGCUGAGCAGAUGAAUUUUACUGAGAUAGAGAAGACAAUAAACGGGCUUGCUAAGAAGGCAAAUGAUGGAAGCCUAUCCAUUGACGAGAUGGCUGGAGGUUCGUUCACAAUAUCAAAUGGUGGAGUCUAUGGAAGUCUUCUCAGUACCCCUAUCAUAAAUCCUCCUCAGUCUGCUAUCUUGGGAAUGCAUUCAAUAGUCAGUCGCCCAAUGGUUGUUGGAGGCAACAUUGUUCCAAGACCAAUGAUGUACAUUGCUCUGACAUAUGAUCAUAGGCUGAUUGACGGAAGAGAGGCAGUGUUCUUUCUGAGAAGAAUCAAGGAUGUGGUGGAAGAUCCCCGUCGGUUGCUCCUUGAUGUUUGAAGAGGCAACAACCUCUGGCUUUUUUAUUUUACGUGAGUGUACACUCAAUCUAAGAACCAGAAUAAAUGGCGAUGGCAAAGUUUUGUAGGCCUUGGAUGUUGCUUUAGUCCUGAUUAUUUACUUAGUUGCAGCAAACUAUGCUUGAGAUUUGCAGAGCCGUAAAGAUCUUGCGUUCCCCUGAGGUUCACCAACCAUGCUUAUUUUUUGUUUAUAUAUAUUAUUAUACCAACUUUAAUUGUAUUCGAAUUGGGGUCUUUUUGCGUUUCUGCCCUACAGCUCUUUGGCUUCAGUGUUUUCUUCUGCAUUGGAAUUAAUUCACGUUUGAAAAUUCAUUCUUUGUUGGCCACACUA